AUGGCAACCACCGACGUAGGAAGUUCAAAAGGAAAGGCAAGGAGGUGGACACAUGAAGAGGAUACUGUUUUAGUUUCUUGUUUGGUUGAUCUCCAUAAUUUAGAAACGAAAAAUGCUGACACUAGAUUUAAAGGUGGAUAUUUGUAUGAGUUGGAGAAAAUGUUACAAGCUAAAUUACCUACUUUAGGUAUAAAAGUUAAGCCUCAUAUUGAAUCUAGAGUAAAGACAUUGAAAAAGGAAUGGACUGUAGUGCAUGAUCUAUUCACAAAUAACAAUAGUGGAUUUGGAUGGGACGAUGAAAAAAAGAUGGUCACGGCUGAAGAUGAUGUUUGGGAUUCUUAUAUAAGUAGUCAUAAGGAAGCUGUUCAUAAUGGUGAAGAUGCUGAUGACGUUGAAAUCCCGAACAUGAAUUUCACAUUUACCGAAAAUCAAUCACCAUCUGGUAUUAGGGCACGAAAUGAAACAAAUUCUGAAUCUAGUAGUGCAAAGAAGAAGAGGAAGAACCAUGAUGAAGGUGAACCAAUUACUUCACAGACAUUUCAUACUACUGCACAGAAGUUAAGUGAUACGUUGGUAUUGGUUGGAGAUAAAAUAGGUAAGAGCAUUAUAAUAGAAUUAACUCUUCAAGAAAAAGUGCAGCAAUUAGACACCGAGUUAAGUCAAGUUGAUGGGUUGUCCAAUGAAGAGUACUUGAUAGUUUUGAUCAAACUUCCAGAUUGCCCAAAUCAAAUGCUUGUGUUUUUUAGUCUUCCACCACAUCGAAGAUUACAAUGGGUAAAAGCAUUUCUUGCCACAAAUUGA